CACCGGCCGCCUCUUCGCCCUGCCCAUGUUUUCUAUGCCUCAGUCCGACCAUCUCCUGACGUUCAAGUUCGCAGGAACGUCACGUCCGCACUUGAACUUGCAGCUCAGAGGAGGAGGGGGGGGAGACAUCUCCGGACCCCCAUCACUCUCUCUUUGCGAAAAAAGUCAUGAAGAGGUCCGCACAGCCCGCAGCGCGCCACGCAUCACCCGCCGUAUGAUCCGCACUUCUUUUUUCCUUCUUUUUUGUUGUUGUUCGCCCUUGGAUGUCAGAGGCAUCAAUGAAGAUAUUUCAUUUGGAGUCUACCUUGUAGGGCCGGAUUUCCCAAUGUGAACUCAGCCCGAAAAAGCCACCACUAAACCAACAUGUCUCGUCGCAAGCAAGGCAAACCCCAGCACUUGAGCAAACGGGAGUUUUCGCCUGAGCCGCUGUCAGGUGUUUUACCAGAAGAAGACUCUCAGGACUCCCCCAGGCUGGGAGUGGCUCAGGCCGAGCCCCUAAAAGGGGACCAGGACCUGCUGACCUGCGGCCAGUGCCACUCCUGCUUCCCCCUGGCCGACAUCCUGCUGUUCAUUGAGCACAAGCGGAGGCAGUGCCAGGGGGGCCUCUGCGUGGACAAACCCGUGGACAGGCCGCCGUCCUCCCCGCUGGCCUCUCCCCUCUCCACGUCCUCGUCGCUCUCGCGGACCCACCAUCAGCACCCGCGGAGGGCGUGCCACCCCGUGGAAGUGGCCGUUCAGGUGUCGCCGCGAGAUGAGGAUUGUUUAUCUGCACCCUUGCAAGGAAUAAUCCCUAAGCAGGAGAAUGUCACAGAUAAAGAUGAGCCCAGCAGUUACAUCUGCACCACCUGUAAGCAGCCCUUCACCAGUGCCUGGUUCCUGCUGCAGCACGCCCAGAACACCCACGGCUUCCGCAUCUAUCUGGAGAGCAAACCUGGUAGCCCCCUCACCCCCCGAGUGGCUGCAGCUCCCGGGAUGGGGGGUGACUGUGCCUCCUCCCAGCCUCCCCUUCAUGCUGUCCACUUGGCUGAUGGCAGUCCAUACAGCCUUCUGAGGAUGCCGGGCUCUGGAUCGGGUCGGGAUUCAGCAUCCACACCCCGCGAAGGCCGCUACCCCCGAACACCACCUCUGUUCAGCCCCCCACCGCGCCAUCACCUCAGCCCCGAUGAACUGGCCCUGGCAACCCACCAUCCCAGCGCCUUUGACAGGGUGAUGAGGCUCAACUCGGUGCCACUCGAAGCCCCUCCAAUGGACUUCUCUCGACGUCUGCGCGAGCUAGCUGGGAAUGCCACUGGGGCGUCCCCGCCUCUCUCCCCCAACAGGCCCAGCCCUAUGCAACGGCUGCUGCAGCCAUUCCAGCCAGGUUCAAAGCCUCCCUUCUCAGCUACGCCUCCCCUAUCCACCUCUCAGUCACCCUCUGGCUCACGCUCCACCCCUAACCCGCUGUCCAAUGCAACCCAACCAGGCACACCUCUCAAGUCAAAGUCUUGUGAGUUUUGCGGGAAGACCUUCAAGUUCCAGAGCAACCUAAUCGUUCACCGGCGAAGCCACACCGGGGAGAAGCCAUUUAAGUGUCACUUGUGUAACCACGCCUGCACCCAGGCCAGCAAACUGAAGCGACAUAUGAAGACGCACUGUCAGAGCAAGUCUUCGGUUCUUAAUGCCAAGUCGGAAGACGGCCUCUCGACUACAAGCUCCCCAGAACCUGGCACCAGUGAUCUGAUCGGCAGUGCCACGGAUGCUCUCAAGUCAGUGGUGGCCAAGUUCAAGAGUGAGAACAACGGCCUGAUGCCGGUCAAUGGAGAUGAAGACGAGGGGGAGGAGGAGGAGGAGGAAGAAGAGGAGGAGGAGGAAGAGGAUGAAGACGAAGAGGAAGAAGGGGAGGAGGAGGAGGAGGAGGAAAUUGAGACAAAUCCUGGAGUCGAAGAAGAGGAGGAAAGGAGCGACUAUCGCUUCAGCCUACGGCUCGAAGGGGCCCGCCACCACCAGAACAGCGAGGCCCUGCACCCUCACCGCAGGAGCUCGUCCCGGGAACCCGGCGACGACGACUCCACCUUGGAGUUGGACCGGGCAGAUGAUGGGACCACAACUACCAUCAACGGCCUGGGACCUCUAUCCACCGAAGGUCUGUCCAGGAAGCUGCUGAGGGGACGGGUCAGCCCUGGCUCGCUCAGUCCACUGUCCAAGCGCAUCAAGGUGGAGAAGGACCUCGACUCCCACACUCCCACCAUCCCAAACACAGAGAACGUCUACUCCCAGUGGCUAGCUGGCUACGCUGCCUCCCGACAACUCAAGGACCCCUUCAUCAACUUCACAGGUGGGGACUCCAGACAAUCGCCCUUCGCCUCCUCAUCCGAGCACUCGUCAGAAAACGGCAGCUUGCGCUUCUCCACUCCUCCCGGCGAGCUGGACGGGGAACGGGCCGCCUCAGGACGCAGCGGCACCGGCAGCGGGGCCAGCACUCCCCAUGGGAAUGGCAGGCCGAACUCCAAGGACGGCCGCCGCAGCGACACCUGCGAGUAUUGCGGCAAGGUGUUUAAGAACUGCAGCAACUUGACAGUGCAUCGACGCAGUCACACUGGAGAGCGGCCCUACAAGUGUGAGCUGUGCAGCUAUGCGUGCGCCCAGAGCUCAAAGCUCACUCGCCACAUGAAGACCCACGGACAGAUGGGCAAGGACGUGUACAAAUGUGAAAUCUGCCACAUGCCUUUCAGUGUAUACAGCACUCUGGAGAAACACAUGAAGAAGUGGCACAGCGACCGCCCUCUGGCUAAUGACAUUAAGACUGAGUAGGCAAAGAGCAGCAUGCUGGCAGCUCUCUCUCUCUCUCAGCUCCCCUGGCUAAAAAAGCGACCCUGGCUAACUAGCCAAUAAGUGAGGGGGAAAGGACAACAGGGUUCGACACCAAUACACGGUACAGCCCUGUUAUCACCCGCGACUGGAAAAAGCUGAAUGCAUGAUCCAUCAUAUGGGCAAUACUAUUGCAUCAAACGCAAAACUUUUUGAGCCUUUCUAUUGUGCAAUAAUUUACACGUUUUGUAUUUUUUGUAACUGGUCAGCAUGCUCAGUGUGUUUUGGCUACUUAGAGAGAAAAUUGUCCUUGGCUGGUGGGUUUGGUUGUACAUGUGUUGCUGUUGAUAAUUUUUAUGUCCUUAAGGUAAAAAAAAAAAAAAGUUAGUAAUGAGAACCCAUGCUGCAUACAGUACAUACUGUUUUACAUAUCAUGUACAGUUCAGUGUUCAAACAUGGUGGACAGUGUCAUAUUAUCAAAACAUCAAGACAAGCAGGGUCACACUUAAGACUGAUCUUUGUGAAAGAUUUUCCAUGCAAGAUUGAGAUAAGAUAUAUAUAAAUAUAUACAUAUAGAAAUUGGGCUGCCUAUGAAAUGCUAGGCACUAGCGCCAUUAAAUAUUUCUUUGACAAACAGCAAUGAAAUUAACAAUAAGGUGUAAAAUGACAACUAAGAGUGCCUUGGAUACUGUACCUGCAUUAGUUAAUCCUCCUUUUUGCUAUAAGCUCGGAGUUUCAGCUAUAGAAGAUUACAGGACAAUUUUGUGCACAUAUGAAAUGAGCGGGUCCUUGCAUCAAGCACCUGUACAGCCCUGUCUUUUGUGACUUAGCAGAGCAUAAGGAACCAGCUGAAAAAAAGAAAAGAAAAAAAACAGAUUAUGUGUACCUCUGGUAAAUCAAUUAUCUGCCUGACUCAUGUAUAUUGUUAUUCUCCAGAUUAUGAUUCUGUUUACUGGCAUGUUACAUGCUAAAAAGGAGUAUGUGUGUAGAGGUCUGGGUUAGGUGUUUAUGUUUUCCGGUACAUGUGUACCAAACCGAGGGGGUAGUCUGACAAGUUGUUUUAACCAAUGUAAUGCCCUUCAUUUCCCAGAGUUUUUAUUUUCUUUGAAAAUUAAGAGUUUGUAGGGGGGGGGGGGUUUGUAAGUAGCGCAAAAUUCUUCACUUUCUUCAGUGUCAGCCUGGCGCGAUUGUAGCCAGCAGCCACUGGGAGACAAGAGAGGGGGUUUUAGUUGUCCUAAGCCAGACAGAUUUCGGGUGAGGGUGGUGGUUUGGCCUGGUUGUAGGAGGGCUGGGGAGUGGGUCGACCAGGUGUCUCUUCAAUUCAAAUGUUUAUGUCCUUAUAGCGCUUAUUGUCUUUACCGCAUUAGAUCUUAGAAACCCUUAAGUAACCUGACUUAUUUUUUAUCAACUCACUGGAAACGAUCUCAAACAGAAGUCAAAAUCAAAAGUGAAGAAUCUGAAUUUAGAAAAACAAAUGAAUCAAAUUGGCCCUUCCACACAAGUCUUUAAACGUAACAUUGUCACUGCGUCCUUUUCAGUUUACAUACUCUUCACUUAAUUGUGGUGGUUGCUUUUUUUUCUUUUUUUUAAUCUCCAUCCCUCCAUUGUUGAUAAUAUAGCACUUGUCACUCUGCCUUGGAUUCUGGAUCUGUCUCUCUAAUCGGAGUACAGUCGGUUGAGUAUAAAACGAGGACCAGAUUUCAGAUCUGGGACUACCUACAUGCACUGUUGAAUUUUCCCAGUUUACAGUCGGACACUCAAGGGAAAACUUGCUCUGCUAUGCUGACAAAUUAGUGUGGUGUCAUUGCUUUGCAUUAAACAGAAAAAAAGAGAAAAAAAAAUAAGAGUUGAACUAGAAACUGUUGCCAGCCAUGUAUCCUCCCGAGGAACCGGACAUCAGUCCGGCUCUUGGGGGCAUCAAUGCAGGAACCGCCAUAGAAAUAUCCUGCUUCAUACCAACUAUAGAAAUAUACUUCUCAGUACAGAACGGAAAAAAGUCUACAAAUCUGAUUUUGAACAAUUAGGUAAAUUGUGUUGUUGAGUUUUUAAAGCAACACUUCAGUAUCUUGAGGGGAGAAUCUUAUUUAAAGUUUUUUUUCUGUUUUUUUUAUUGUUGUUGUUUCCUUUUUUCUGUCUUGGUGACAUCUGGGACUUGAUCACUAUGUAAUGAAUUGUGAUGAACCUGUCUCUCAUAUUUUUUGCCUUUACUAUACACAAGUUUUCAGGUUGAACAAAAAUUUGCAUUGGGGAGAGAUUUAUGAUAUAUGAAUAUAUAGAGAGAACUUAAAACACAUAGGAAAAUGCACACUCAUGUAAGUUCCUAUGUUCAAACACAUUUAUGGUCUACUUUUUUCCUGUAUUUAGAAUGGUAUUUGAAAUUAAUGUUCACUUAGUGUAGGCACUUAUAGUAUUUAUGUUGGAGCCUGUAUUUUUAACUGUUUUGCCUGUACUCUUUAAAGGUUUCAAUGUACCCCUUUUUCUGUAGUGAAAAAAAUCCCAACAAGCUGCCACCGUAUAUUUUCUUAAUUUGGCAGGAUAAUAUAGUGUGAAUAAUUUGUAUGCUUGAAAAUAAGUUUGUUUUUGAAAAAUAAAAUGUUGUGAAGUUCCCCCAAGGGUGAGAGGUCAUAUAAUGGCCUUUUCAGGCAGUCCCGCUGGAGUGACCACAAUGAGGUAAAAACAGGUGGUUGUACAUAUCUUUUUAGUUUGUUUUAUAUAUUUUUCUCUCCUGCCAUUUUAUAUGCAGUAAUACAAGCUAUUGUUGGGUUUUCUCGGUAGCCAACUUUUUACUGUCCUUGAACAUGUACCACCUAAUAACAUUCCAGCCGUUUUUGAAAAAGACCUUUUGUCAUAUGCAAUCAAUCCAGCAUCAAUCUCAAAAGCAUUUUGUUUGUUUGCUACAGUUUCUUUGUCAUUUUUUCCCCCAUUGCCAAAAGAACCAUGGUGCUUCAUAAUUUAAAUAUGGUACAUCUCAUAUGCAAGGCAUAUUCUAAAUAAAUCAUAGAAAAAAAAUUGGUACAUGUUAUCAUUGCUAAUGGGUUUUUGAGGUACAUUUGAGUUUUCACCCUGAUUCAUCCUGUGUUCUGUAUUUACUCUCAAGCUAUUUGUUCUGAACUGAACUUGAAGUCGACCUACGGCAUUGGUCGACAUUAUUUAUUAUGAUGACGAUACACACACAUGCUCUGUUCAGAACGGAGUCACUGCAAAACAAGUCAGUUAAUAUUUUUCCCUCCUGAUGAAUUGUCAUGACUUAUAUUCACUGCUUGGUGACCAAAGGUCAUCGACGACAUUCAUGAGUUCUCUCUUGGCUUACAGAUUUGGUUGUUGCUAUUUUUCAGUUAUGGAGAUGCCACUCUAUUUUCAGCUGUUGUCUGCAUUAUUCUCUUCACAGCCAUUUUGUCUUGAAAAAAAUAAAAAAGUAUUACAUACACAUUUGAA